AUCCCUCAGUAACCCGUUGGCAUCCGUUCGGCCUCUUUCACCCGUCGUUUCUCCCUAAAAGAUCCAGUCAUAAUCACGCGUCUGGCCAGUGCCGUUGUCUCGCACUGACCUUUUUCAGUGCUUCUGUGCUCUCCCCUGUGAAAACGAAAGAAUUUCUCGUGUCAAACAGUGGAUUUUGUGCGAUCACCAAGAGGGAUUUUAUUAUGAUGACAAGAAAACUACUCUCUGUCAUCACUUAGAAUUAUGUCAAAAACUAUUAAUGCUUAUAGAGUGUAAGUUUUCCACCCAGAUACCAGUCAGUUACAGAAGAAGAUAGAAUCUAUCGGAAAAAUGACGCAAAUGACUCAGGAGGAAAUCAUGGCCAACACGAAAAUCGUGGUCCAAGGCUUGGAGGCUUUAAAGAACGAGCACAAUUCGAUACUGAACAGUCUGAGCGCAGGAUCCCUCGAGCUGACGGUCAGCGCUGUCGAGAGAGCCCAGCAAGCUGUACAGGAUGCGUCGGUCUUAAACGAAAGGCAGUCCCUCGUCCAGAAAUCACUUGACAUGAUAGAACUCGGACUUGGCGAGGCCCAGGUAAUGAUGGCUCUAGCCUCACAUCUUCAAAUUGUAGAAGCCGAGAAGCAAAAGUUGAGGACCCAGGUACGUAGGCUGUGCCAGGAAAAUGCCUGGCUCAGGGACGAACUGGCCAACACCCAACAGAAACUCCAGGUAUCCGAGCAGGCGGUGGCUCAAUUGGAAGAGGAGAGAAAGCAUUCUGAUUUCAUGGCUUCUGUUCAAAAGUACGACCAGGAUGUUAUGGAUGAAUCUCAGUCUGAAUCCAAACAGGAUAAGCCCAAAUCAGACGACCCAGUCGUAGAUCUUUUCCCCGAUGAUGAUGCAGAAGAAAGAAACACCAUGUCACCAACACCACCCAGCCAAUUUGCCCAACAAGUCAAUGCUGGUUAUGAAAUCCCAGCAAGGCUGAGGACACUACACAACCUUGUGAUACAAUACGCUUCGCAGGGUCGUUACGAAGUAGCCGUACCUCUGUGUAAACAGGCGUUGGAAGAUCUUGAAAAGACGAGCGGUCAUGAUCAUCCUGAUGUUGCAACCAUGCUCAAUAUACUUGCUCUCGUCUAUAGGGACCAGAAUAAGUAUAAGGAUGCUGCAAACCUUCUAAAUGACGCUCUUGCUAUUAGGGAAAAAACUUUGGGAGAAAACCACCCUGCGGUGGCAGCAACCUUAAACAAUUUGGCUGUUCUUUAUGGAAAGAGGGGCAAAUAUCGGGAUGCUGAACCCCUCUGUAAAAGGGCUUUAGAAAUUAGAGAAAAAGUGUUAGGACGCGAUCACCCUGAUGUCGCAAAGCAGUUGAACAAUUUGGCUUUACUCUGUCAAAACCAGGGGAAAUACGAAGAGGUAGAACGAUAUUACCAAAGAGCUCUCGAGAUCUACGAAUCGAAACUAGGACCUGACGACUCGAACGUUGCAAAAACGAAAAACAACCUAGCCUCCUGUUAUCUAAAGCAAGGCAAAUACAAAGAGGCUGAAAUUUUGUAUAAGCAAGUCCUGACACGAGCGCACGAAAGGGAAUUCGGAACUAUAGACGGGGAUAACAAGCCGAUCUGGCAGGUGGCAGAGGAAAGAGAGGAGAACAAGCUCCGUAACAAGGGUAACGUACCGUACGGUGAAUACGGAGGAUGGCACAAAGCUGCCAAAGUGGACUCGCCGACAGUCACAACCACAUUAAAAAACCUCGGAGCUUUAUACAGGAGGCAAGGGAAAUACGAGGCCGCUGAAACUUUAGACGACUGGGCCCUGCGAUCAAGGAAAGAGCCUGUGGAUAUUGUAAAGCAUGCCAAGAUGGCCCAAAUUUUAGCUAGUGGCGAAAGGCGAAGUAGUGGAAAAAACCAAAGGGUCGGGUCAAGAGAAUCGCUCGAGUCCAUGCAGUAUGACCAGACCCCAGAAGAUAGUGCAGCACUAAGUUAUGUACAGAGAACACCAUCCGGUAACCUGGACACAAAACAAGGUGGAAUCAGAACUAAAAUUUACAGCGUAUUUGGAAUCAAACAAUAACUUUUAAACCUUUAAACCCUUUUUACUACUACAUGCGAUAAUUAUAAAUUUAAAAAAAUACAAAAAAAAAAUAAACUGCUCACUGUUUGUUGUUAAUUUAUAAAAA